AUGAUCGGGCUGAGCGCCAACGAUCUCAAAAGCCACGACGAGUGGAUUAAAGACAUCAAUGAGAUUUCCAAGACGAGCCUGCAGUUCCCCAUGAUCGCGGACUCGGACCGCAAAGUGGCAUUUUUGUAUGACAUGGUGGAUCAACAAGACCUGGACAAUAUCGACGAAAAGGGCAUUGCAUAUACCAUUUGGUCUGUCUUCAUCAUUGACCCGGCCAAGAAGAUCCGGCUGAUCAUGCUCUACCCUGCUUCAACGGGCCGCAAUACAGCUGAAGUUCUCCGCGUCAUCGGCGCACUCCAGCUUGGUGACAAAAAGGGAGUGACGACCCCCAUCAAUUGGGAGAUGGGGGAGGAUGUGAUUGUGCCUCCUUCAGCCUCUACCGAGGAUGCGAAGAAGAAGUUUGCUGAUGUAAAGGAGGUCCGCCCAUAUCUGAGGUUUACGACCGGCAAUUUGAACAAUUCUUAUUGA